CCGGGGGAGGGGUUUUUAGGGGUUCUAGGCGAGCUGCCUGGUUGGGGUGGAGGUGGAGGUUGCGGGAAAGACUGCUGACUGAGGCUAAGUGGAAGUGGUGGGCGUGGGAUUAGGUAAAUUGAGCCGUGAGAAAUGCUGACCCUGACCAAUGCAAAUGGCGAUGGCCGGGGCGACGGUGCGUUGUUGUCGUAUUAGGUAAGACUAGGGUGUUAUCGGAAUUGAGCUGCGAAGGUUAGGGUGUGCACGCCGGUGUUUGGAGUGACGGGCAGAGGGGCGCGGGGUGGGAGGUGAGGGACAGCAGUGAGGAUAAGGAGCACGAGGAGGCAGGGACGUGGGGUGGAGAGUGUGGAGGUGCUACAGUGCAGCUCCUGCCAUUUUGACAACCCGCCAGGGUUUGCUGGUAUGCUUCCGGGGCUGCCUGGUUUGGAGUCCAUUCCCGAACAGGCAAUGGAUAUUGAGGUUGCUUCGUCUUCAAUAUGACAUAGCUCGCAGGACAAGCGUCGGGUCUCGCGCACGGGUUACAGGUACAUAGUGAUAAACUAUUACAACUGGAUUGCAAAGCACCGUAUGCUUUCCUUCAUUUAGGUUCUGAGCUGGUUAUUCAGAAGAAUAAGCCCCACCAGGUGAUAGGACAUCGUGCGCAAUAUAGCUAGGUUCUGCAUUAUGCAAAAUAUAUCUUAUUGUAUAGGCUAGCUAGCAUGGCAGCUAGUAGCCUGCCUGUAAACCUGUCCCCUCUCGAAAAGCUUAUUGAAGAAGAUCGCGAUGGUCGCGGUCGGGAGCAGAAGGAAGUCCUAAUUGUAUGGGAUAUUGAAAAUGCCAGGAUUCCAGUCGAUGUUUCGGCGUCUGAGGUGGAGAAGGCUAUUUCAAAUGCCUUCCAACGCUAUCCACGAAGGAAGUUGUCGGCAUUCCUUGCUGCCAUCAGCAGGCAGUCCCUAAAUGCCAUGGAGACAUGUUAUGGAAGCGACCAGGUUAACCACCUGCUUGAUCACACCAAGCUCCUGCUAGCAUCAGGACAAAGCAACUCUACGGACAAGAAAUUAAUCCAGGAAGUCGACACCUUCAUCUCUCGGCAGUCUCAAGAAGGCCGGGCGGCAACCAGUGUGCUUGUGGUCAUCACGGGGGACGGCGGCUUUAUUGAAUGCAUCAAGGCUGCCAUGCGCGCUGGCAUGGAGGUGGAGGUGCUGCACCCCACCGCCAUCACAAGCAGAGAGCUGAUCAACACCAUCAGCGGCAGGGCGCACGUCUGGCAUCACGACUGGCUGCGGUUCCUGGAGUACUGGCUUCGGAAGCGCAGCCACGUGCCUGGUCUGCCACCCGUCCUAGAGCUGCCGCAACAACGAGGGGCGGCGGGCAGCAACAGCGGUGCUGCUGGCGGCAGCGGCGGUGAAAGGGGAGGAGGUGAAGGAUCCAACGGCCGGGCCCAAGCCAACCAUCGCAACACAACGUCACGGAAUGGGGGGACCCCACCUGCGGACGGGGCAGCAUCUCGCGGCGGCGCAGCGGCUGCUACCUCCGGAGCACCGUCGUCGCCUGGCAACAAGCCAGCCACUGCGCCCAUGUCCGCAGCACCUGCGACCUUCGAGGCUGGUGCCCUCCAGCUGCUGUUCUCCAGCCUGUCUGUGGUGAAGGAGAUGGGGCCCAAGGACAACCGUGCGGCGGUGGGGGACGCACUGGGCAGGUGGCUGCUGCUGGAGUCCGAAACCAACAGCGCCCUGUACCAGAAGAUGGAGGCCAUUAAACCUUGUGCCUCCAUCGGCAUCUCUUGCCGGCCCCACAGCACGAAGGACAACAGCUGCAAGCUGAUCAUGGCUUCGGACCGCAUCGGAGUGUCGUACGACGGCAGGUCCGCUGACGCCAGCAGCAUCAUGCGGACCGCAUUGGACCGGCUGUACUUCCUUAUCGAGGAGACACUGGAGGUCAUGGUCGACAAGUACAAAGCCGCCUCCAGCAGCAACAACAACGGCCGCAACACGGCCACCUCCAAGCGCCACUUGUCGCCCGCUGAGCGCCUAGAGCAGUUCUUCAGCAACCCCAUCCAGCAGUUGCGUCCCUGGUCCGCGCGCAUCGACCAUUACGGCUUCCCGCACAUCUGCCUGCCGAAUGCGCAGCUGCUGAGCUUCUUAAACCUGCAGGGAGUGGACGUUUCCCGCAUUCCACCCAACAGCGGCAGCGUGCUGCGGGAGGUGGUGGGGGCCAUCCUCAUGGCUGAGUUCCGUACCGGGCUGCCGUACCUGGUGCACCUCGCGUGCGGUCGCCGGCUGGUGGCCACGGCGCCGCUGCCCAGCCAGUGGUCCGCGGAAGCCGUCAAGGCAGUGGAGGACAUGCUGGUGAAGAGGCUGAGUGUGAGGCAGCUGAAGCUGAUGCAGCAGGGCUACCUGGCCACUGCGAGUGAGCCGGCGGCAGGCGUGCCUCGUGGACCGGAGAAGCGGGAUUUGGCGGAGGCGGUGGUCAAGCUGAUUGCUGAGGGGCUGUCGAUUGCUGGGUAGUGAUUUUACGAGCAGCAUUUGACCAGCUAACAAGGGCAUUGUGGCUCUUUGCGCCUAGGACGUCCUACGAAGCUAUGUCUAUGCCUUAGGACGCAUGCAGGCUGUUGCCUUGCAUGGCAGGUGGGCUGCACGCGUAUGUGUACGUGAUGGUGAUUGCGAUUGGCCUUUUGUCGUGUCGCCUGUGAAUGGCUUGUGUGUGCUUCAUGGCUUGUUGCUUGUGCGAAGGCAGUGCAUCCUGAACCCCAUGUCAACGGAAACUUUCUGGGCUUUAGGUUUGAGCGUUUCAAUUGUAGACAGGCACUGGCUGCGAAGAUCUGGUAGGGCCAGUGAUAAUGACAUCUAUCGACAGAGCAGAUCCGCUAAAGUGAUUGGAUGCAUCUCCUUGUGAGCUGAAAAGAAUCGCGGGACAUUCAUGGGAGAGCAUGCAGCUGUAAUGUGUGUGUAGCAUGCGGGGUUAUGUACACAGUGCUUGACCUAGAUGUGCGGCACAUCUCGGUCAUAUUGCCAUAUUCAUUUUGGUACUGAUUGAAUUAGUUGGGUGAUGUCAUGCGCAUCAUAGGAUGAUGCCACCAGGAAACCUCGUUGGGCC